CUUUUGAACGGUAGCGUAUAUAUUCCAUUUUAGAAUAAGGCUAACGUAACAAUGUGGAAAAGUCAAGGGGUCUGAAUACUUUCCGAAUGCACUGUAUGUUGAUCAGAAGAAUGGCAGAAUUGCCAGGUCCUCCACACUUGGUGCCCCAGUGCACUGUCCUUACACUGCAGAGAUGUUUAUUGCUCACUUGUUGGCACAUUCCAUGCUCCAUUUAGAAACAGAGUGGAAAAAAUCCUUGAGGAUGAGUAAGGCUGUUUCAGACUCACAACCGGCUGUUCUGGAAGAUUGCUUAUGUGUGUAUUUGCUAGAAUCCUCCUUUCAGAAAGUUCUUUAUUUUUUGAUAUACUGUAUUUUGUCACCAGUUUGCAGGGCAUGCAAUAAACACAUGUCAGUUUCUCAUAGGGUAAAGGGUGUGAAUCUGCAGUCAAAACUGCAGAUUAGAUAGAUACACAUUAAAUGCACAGUAACAUUUGAUUACUGUUGGGAGAACAGCCAUGCAUUUGUGGUUAGAAAAUGAUUUGUGUAUUACUAUUCAGUGUCCUCUAGAUGGCCAUAUGAGGCCCUUUUAUGAAGCAUGACCAGGGACACGGAGGGGAAUAUUUUGUGUAUGAGAAACAUUGCAAUAUACAUAAAGAAAUUAAGUUAUACGUGCACAUUGAAAGUAUCCAUCCUAUAACAAUUCACUCCAUAUACACAAGUCAAGGAGUAAUUAAUCUGUGUGAAUAUUUUGUCCAUAUUUUGUGUGUGUUUUUGCCUUGUGUUUGCUCUUGAAAACCGCAGUAUCGCCUCCAUCUAGUGGUUUGUAGGUCUAAUACAUAUUUUGACAUUGAAGUUAAUAAAUUGUGACAGGUUAUUGUUUCAUUUAUGACAAUAUAAAAUCAAAUGCAUUAGGAAAUUUUAACCACACAAAUUUGGGAUUAUCAAGGGCAGACAAUCCAUGUUGUUCAUUUAAUUCAAAUCCCAACAUUUCCCCUACUUUUUUGAAAGGCUCCAUGUGAAUAGUAAUAUAAAUAAUACAGAGCAUUAAUGUCUGUCAUUUAAAACAUGAAUUGUGAGAGUUGUGAUGUGGAUUUGAUGAUGUGGUCUACUUUUCCUAAACACAGUUCCUCAGAAGCAUGUUUUUAAAUUCUGUGAAAUAGCACAACAAUCACACUGUUGUACUUCAGAAGUGUGACAGAUUCAAUGGGAAGUUAUUACUAUCAAGGCAAAAUUGUAUUUAACUUUCAAAGCAAAUAUUAACUAGAGGGGUAGUUAAUAUAGAGAAGUACCUUUCAUAGAUACAUUUUAAGUGUUGAUGCUCAUUAUUAGGCUAUGAUUAAUGUAUUAGUAGGGUCAAGUUUUAAUAGCCUAUUGUCAUUAUUGGAAUACUAUAAUAAGGAAAUGAUCAAGGAAAACUUUUACACUGUGCGGUGGUCACCAAUUACUUUAAAGCAAAUUCCGUAUGAUCUCUGAAUCUUGCUAAAUGAAACACUAAUCCGUUCAAUCUCACUGGGCUCACUUGCCUGUUUUUACUUCGCCUCUGUCUCACGCGGCCGUACCAUGGGGAAAUCUUUGGGUGGAGCCAAUGACCUAGUUUUGUCCAAUAGCGUUCUGCGAAGGGCAGAGACUAACCUAAUUUGAACCAAUCGCUGGUAGGCAGUAUCCGCGCGUGCCAGGGCCAUGUGCUCCCUUCGAGUGCAGGAAUCGGUUUUAAGGUAGUAGGGAGAUAGAUAUUUUGUGUCGGCAAAAACACAGACUUUAACAAUUUUAGGCGGAUUAAAUGCAAAAAUAUUGAUAAUGAUGAUUUUAAUGAUUUGUUGAAUUUGGUUUCCAGUUCCUUGAAAUUACAGAGAUUAGUCCACACCCCAAGUAGUCUACGAGGAAUUGAAUAGUAACAUUUUUAAAAUUAAAUCAGAGGGUACUGGACAUUGCAAAGCAAUUCCAUUCUUGUGUAGGUUUAGGAUUGGUUGCAGUUGUGGAGUUUGUGUGUAACCUACAGGACCCGUGAUCUUAAUCAGAUAUGUGCAUUGGUCCAUUCAUCUCGUGGUUACUCGUUUAGCUUUAUGACUGACAUUAAGGUCAACCACGUGUUCCAUCCAUUGGUUACAUUAAAAGUUAUGCAGAGGGCGAAUUGUUCAAGUCGGCGUGGUUUGGUUACAGUAAUCGACAACUCCCCCUGACUGGUUUGUUUAAGAAGGGGUGGUGCUCAUUUAUGUAGUUUUGGGCGUUUUCGGAGUUGUAGAUCAUGAAUAUUGAUCAGCCUCUCCCCCAGCGCCAAUCCCCUGUGAGCGCUGAUGUCACGAGAGCGGCCCGUGUUCGUUCCAGCUGACUCUUGCGGUGCUCGGUUGCUUCCUUGCUCGUAGCCAACAGAAAGGCAGGGAAAGAAGGUAAACGACAAAAAUAACGAGAGAGAAAGACCGAGAGAGCGAGAACGACUAAGUAGGUGAGAGGAAAAACGAGACCUCAACACCUAUCCUACUCAUGUUGGAUAUUAUUUGACGACGACUUUUUUUCCCUCCUAUCACCCCCCGCCCACACUUAUUUUCUCUAUUAUUGGAUUUCUAGGUACCGCUCCAUAAUCCAUUUUACUCCAUGGACAACCCUCAGGUUUGUUUGUUUUAUUUUUGUCCAGGUCAAGAAGAAAAUCAACUCGGUUUGAUGCCUAUUCUCAAUUAAACGGACAUCAUCAAGCAAGGCAUUUUGGCGAAAUCUGAGCGCUGACGUGCAACUUUGUUUAUCUCAUAGAUAGAGGCUGGGAUAAGUGAUUAACUCUUAAAGGGCACAUUGCAUUUGUUAAGGUUAUUGAAUAAAACACAUUUUUACCAUGAACAUAUUUUUGAGGACAUCAUUUUCACUUUUGAUUUUCUCAUGGAAAGUUGGAAGAGCAAUAGCAAUAGUUUAUUGUUGAUAUAACAUAUUUGUCAUGUCGAAUUGUACUAUUCUCUAGCACUUUCUUAAUGCAUAUUUAGAUAGGCUAACAUUCGGUUUUCGAAUGAGGUAAAUAACAGUCGGUCUAGCAGUGUGUAUUCAGCUGUCCACCUUUUUAAUCGUCACGUCACUGUUGUGAACCCGCUGACAGCCAGUCAAUCGUUUUGUGGAUUAAUCGGAUAAAUUCAGCGCUCAUUCCACCGUGGGAAUCAACGACCAUCCCAAUCAUGUCUAGGCCACUCACACAGCUCCUACCGCCUGACCUCCCGGCUGGAGCGAGCCCACAGUUCGGCACUGGUAACCUUGCGGGCAGUGUCCCGACUUGCGGACACUUGAACUCCAUGGCCAGCCUCAAGACUCUCCUACAGCUGCCCAUCAAGGUUGACCAGCGAGCGAAAGACUGCUGUGUAAUGAAAGAUAAAGACAAACCCCAGGACUCAGACGAGGACUCCAUGAGUGGAGGUCCAGGUGGCCGGCCUUCCCAGUCGGCCUUCCUGGGGCCCCAUCUGUGGGAGCGCACGCUGCCCUGCAGCGACGGGGGCCUCUUCCAGCUUCAGUACAUGGACCUGGAGGAGUUCCUGACUGAGAACGGCAUGGCCAUGCAUAACAAAGGUGGCAACGGCUCCAGCGCCAGCGCCCAGGUGCCCUCGCAGAGUUCCCUGCAGUCGGCCGUGCCCAACCAGAGCUCCCAGUGCCCGCCGUCAUCCCCUCCGCCAUGUUCUUCUUCAUCGUCCUCCAUGUCCUCCUCAUCUUCCUCCUCCUCGCUGCUGGGCCUGGACAAUGUGCCGCUGCCACCAAACGGACUGCCAGGCAUGAUGGGAGGGCCCGAGUGCCUACAUGGUGGCCAAGUUGGGCCUCCUGACCUCUCGCCCUCCUCCACCACCACCUCUCCCUGUCCCCCCGGGCCGCCAGGGGGCCCGCCGGUCACCAGUGGCACUGCUGACGUCAUGGUGAACUUUGACCCGGACCCGGCGGACGUGGCGCUGUCCAGCGUGCCGGGCCAGGAAGCCUUCGACCCCCGAAGGCACCGCUUCUCGGACGAGGAGCUCAAGCCACAGCCCAUGAUCAAGAAGGCCCGCAAGAUGCUGGUGCCAGACGAGCAGAAGGACGACAAGUACUGGAGCCGGCGCUACAAGAACAACGAGGCGGCCAAGCGUUCACGUGACGCCCGGCGCCUCAAGGAGAACCAGAUCACGGUGCGCGCCGCCUUCCUGGAGCGAGAGAACGCUGCUCUCAGACAGGAAGUGGCCGACAUGCGCAAGGAGCUGGGCCGCUGCCGCAACAUCCUCAACAAGUUUGAGAGUCGACACGGAGACUUGUGAGGAGGAGGAAGAGGAGGGAGGCGGUGGAGGAGGAGAGAGGGGUAUAAGGCAACAUUGGCAGCCCUUUAUUUGAGGGGGUGCGCGUACGGCCUACGUAGACUUGGCGUAAGCAUCGUAUGACACCUUGCGUAAGCCUCCAUGUUGCGAGUAGCCUGCAGUGUUGCAGUGAGUGCAGCCUCCAUUUAGUGAUUCUGUGCUAUGCUGGUUUCACUUCCCCUGUCUCUUUGACGGGUAUUGUCACUUGGGCGUCGCGACGUCAUUCAGUGUUUUAUAUCAGGUGCAUUGCAGUGUUUUUCCGGGUAAUGCGCAGGGCCAUACAUGCACCCGUUCAAAUGAGGUGUUCAAAUCAUACAGAUCACAAGACAACUAAUGUUUUUAAGCUAUAGACAAGGAGACAAGCCAGGGGAAGACAGGUGUGUACUUUAUUUCUAUGACAAAACAUGUAUAUUUUUGAACUGUACUGGGCAGGGAGGGAGACGUGGGCAAACUAGAAAACAGAGGAUGAGCUACAGUAUAACUAGAAGAGGAAGAUUAGGAGAGGUGGUUCAGGACAGAAGAAAGCAAAGAGAUUUCAACAUAACUGUAUAUUUUUAUAUUUGCAAAGAUGGACAGUUCAGAGGGGAUUUUGGAAGUAAUAUUUUGUAUAUUUUAUAUAUGGGUGAGUUUAGUAUAGUGAUGGGGGCUAUUGGUAAAUGGAUUGGUAAAUGAUAUAUUUUGAACUCGUUAAGAUAGAGGGGUCAGAGGUCGUAAUUGAGAAUGUAUAAUGGUUGUAUCCAGGGAUAACAUGACGGCAAGAGAGGAGAAUUAUCUUAGUAAAUGUUUGUGGACAUAGACAGAUCGAAGAUAUUGUAUAGUUUUAAUUUUGUUCUGUUAGGUUUGUUGAAGCACUUAAAAGGGAAUUCUCAAAAAUGUUCACUUCAUGUUCAUCAUCGCCAGUACCAUUAACAUGUGGAAAUGGGGCAUUUAUGUUUUGUAGUAAAAAAAGACCAGUGUUUCCAAUGAGUUCAUCAAUCAAUUAGUAGGCAAUGCCUACUCGUAAUUGGUUAAAAUCACAUGAUGCACACCGAUGAUGUCAUUGGAAACACUUUUCACAUAUGUUGAUGUUGGGGUGGUUCUGGAGUUGAUGAAAAUUGAAAAAAUGACAAGUUUACUUUUUAAAGGGCAAUUCUUCCUCUUUUCAACCGCAUUAUCGUCAUCUCCACCAUCAAACCAGUGUUUACAUAUGUGAGAACAUCACGUUCCUAUUGUCUGUGCUUAAAAAGAUAAUGCUUCUCUUAUGACAUCACCUGCAACAAGUUUUUAGCCCAAGGGAGAGUAUUUUCUAGCUCUUUUGAUGUCAUUGGGGAGAACUUUUUAACCUUGUUUUUUUUCUACAAAACCUAGAAAUGCACCUUUUUCACAUACACUACACAGCCAAAUAUUUCACCCAAACCCGUUGCUGACUGGUUUAUAAAAUCUUGCACACAGCCAUGCAAUCUCCAUAGGAAAACAUUGGCAGUAAAAUGGCCCGUACUGAAGAGCUCAGUGACUUUAAACAUGGCACCGUCAUAGGAUGCCACCUUUCCAACAAGUCAGUUAAACAAA